AGCACCCUGAGAGCUAAGCCUUCCUCCUGUGGGGAGGAUACGGGACCCACCAUAUGUUAUCUUUCUGCCCUAGCACCUUCCAUCCCAGGGCCAGCCAAAGUCCUCUUUGGAGUCCCAGGUAGAGAAGUCAGUGUGCUGCUUGCCACGGGACCCAUCAUGUGGCUGAACACGAAGCACUUGUGGCAGAUUUUUGUCCUGUGGGUCUUCUGGGUGCUCUUCUUGUGGCUGAUGGCCCCGUGUCUGGAUCCUAGACCUGAAUCGGCCCCUCAGGAGAAACUGAUGGUCUUGGUACCCCGGCAUUGCAACCGCCCUUGGCUCAAACUCAGGACAAGUGGCUGCCCAUCUGAAAUGCUAAACUCCUCCCUCCAGCACCACAGAGUUGGAGAGGGGAACGGGUUUGCUGCAUGCUAUGGGAAGACCGUAGAGUACCUGAUGGGGGCGACAGAGUCCCUGACCCCUGUGCUCUGGUGGUUGGGCAUGAACUCAGCAAGUGGACUUGGCCAAAUGUGGGAGAAGCUGUUCAAGGUGAUUCCCAGGCCGUCAGUGAGCCAUUUCCAUCUCUACUGUGGGACUUGUGCUUUGGUGGGGGACCCCACGACCCUGCGGGCCUCUGGCCUCAGCCACAACGUCAACCAGUGCACCGCAGCCUUCAGGAUGAACCAGGACCAUGCCCAGAGCUUUGAGACGGCGGGGAACCAAACCACAGGAUGCUUCGUCUAUCCCUGGAACGCCAGCAUCCGGGGCUCCUGGAGACAGCUGGUGCUGCUGCUGCUGCAGCUUUCUGGUCUGGCGUGGACUUCAGAUGCCCCGAGUGAGGAGGUGUCCUUAUUUGGUUUGGGGACAGACCAGCUCAUGAGGUGGUCCCAUUACUGGUAUGAUAAAUAUUGGUUCGAGAAUAACAUGCACAGUUUCAAAGAACAGAAGGUCAUCCUCAAGCUGCAGUGUGAGGGGAAGGUUGUUAUCUACUGUUGGAAUGUUUUCCAACCUGUUCAGCCCCCUGGAGGCCCUGGGAGCUGACAGGUAGUCAAGGAGACCACGCAGCAUCAGAAAGGGGACCCCAGAUAUAGAUCUGCUGCUAAAUAAAACUAUAGCUUAUU